AUGGAAAAAGAGUAUAAAUUCUCUCCAAGACUCUCAAUAAAUGUUCACACACAAUACAAGCUUUCUGACGAUCUAGACAAUGUCACUGAUACAGAUGCUGUCGACUCAGGUGUAGAGAUUGGCGAUGUAGGUGUCGGAACAGGUUUGGGCAUUGGUGGUGUGUUAGGCGCAAAAGGAGGUUUGGGCAUUGGCAGUGGAAUAGGCGCGAAAGCAGGUUUGGGCAUUGGCAGUGGAAUAGGCGCGAAAGCAGGACUAGCUGUUGAUGGUGCUGCGGCUGCUAGAAAUGUCAUAAAUUUCGCCCGUGGAGAUUAUCGAGGCAUAGCCGACCUUUUAAAAGUGAAACGAACAGCUGACGGUGGAAUCGGUGCUUCAAUAGGUGGUGGUGUAAUCAGAGGAGAAAUAAGCGGUGGUGGCGAAAGAUCAAGAACUGUGAAAAAGAAAGUAAUCGUAGAGCCAGGGGAAGGAGAUUCGGAGAAGACAGUGCAAGAGAAGAAAACUGUGAAGACAAGAAAGAUUGAAGAGACUCCAUCCGAAGAUGAAUCUCCCACAGAAACACGCAAGAGAACAAUUACGAGAACCAUUACUGACGACGAUGGUCACAGUGAGAAGUAG